CCAUUUCAGCAAACCAAUCUCGACCCAGAGAGAGUUGCGGAACCGCAGGAACUCCGACGUUGAGAGGUGGGUAAUCUUGCUCGCAAGCGCUGAGAUCUCUAGGAGAGUGUGAGCGGGGAGGAGACCACCGUUGGCAUUUGGAACCAGUGAAGUUGCCGCCCCCGACAGGGGAACACGCUCCCAAUGGUGUACGAGAUCCCCUUUGAUCUGAUCCACGGGCUUCAGUCCGGCCUCCGAGCGGCGGCCGGCGUCCCGUCGUACGACCCCGCCAACCCGGCGCUGCCGCCGCUCCCCUCGAUCGAAGACGCGGCAGCGGAGCUCGAUUCGACCCUCCCCCCCAACCACCGCUGCAAGCAAUGCCGCGGCGGCCUCCUCCGUGGUCCCCAGUCCACGCUCUGCAUCUACUGCGGGGCCGACCGGAGGAGGGAAGGCUUCUCCUACGAGAUUUCCUUCAAUUCUACCGUCGGCUGCCGGAAGCUCCUCGAAUCCCUCGGACUCGAUGGAUCUGAGCCCGUUACUUUGGUCACUGAAUCGAGUGAUCCUAAGGGCAAGGAUACACCAAGGGGUGGUUUGGUUCUAUCUGAUCUUUUGGAUUUGGAGCUGAAGUGGCCUUUAGAUAAGGAGGAAGUUGAUAAUAGCACUACAAGCAACAAGUCCACUGCCAAUGCUUUUGCUUUGAAGUUGUCAAGGGUUGAUCUUGAUAACUUUUUUUCUGAACCUAAGAUAGAGGUAACUUCUGCUGCUCCUAGCACACCUGAUGAACAGAUGAUGCCAGAAAAGCAACGCAUAAAAACAGAAAUUCAUGACUUUUCUGGUUCAGAUAGUAUGUUUGAGAACCUUCGGUCUUCAGACACUAAAGCAAGUUCUUUUAACAAUAACAGUGGUGAAUUUGGAGAUUCUUUCACAGUUUGGGAGGCCGGGUUUCAAAAUGCUCGUUCAAAUACUUCUGCUGCUGACUCUAAAUCAGUGGACCUGUUUCAGGGUUUAUCAAAUACUGAAUUUGUUACUGCACCAAGGCUUGAGGUCACUAUCAACCAGCAGACUGAUGUACAGCAUAAGAUAUGCAGCAAAGAUGACACUGGAAAAUCUACACAUGAUGCAGGUCAACCUUCCUCAACUAAUACUUGGAUUCCAGAUGAUUUUUGGCCUAUGAAAACUGGGGAAGUAAGUAAAUCUGAUCAGUUCAAGAGCACUGAUGAGACUAAUAUUGAUGGACUGAACAAUAAAUCAAAUUAUAUUCUAGACCAUCAGGUUCAAGAUGAUCUAUGGCCUCCAAGCAGCAUGAAGGAAUCUGAAAAUACUAAAAGUGUGAAUGAUGAUUCAAUUGAUGAUUGGCAAGAUUUUACUGGCUGGGGUAAGGGACAGGAAAGUUCAUCAAAUAUGGAGGUGCAAACUGAGCCCAGAUUGUUUGACCUACCAUCAGAAACAAAGUCAGUGGAUCUACUGUCUCCAAGCAGCACAAAGGAUUCUGACAAUACUAAAAACUUAGACGGUAAGAAUGAUCUCUUUGAUGAUUGGCAGGGUUUUACUAGCUUGGGUGAAGCACAGGCAUGUUUAUCAACUUCAGGUUCACAAGCUGGGGUCACAUUGAUUGGGCAUCCUUCAGAAACAAAGUCUGCAGAUUUAUGGUUUACAAACAGUACGAGGGAGUCUGACAAUACUGAAAACCUGGAUGGUAAUGAUGACUGGCAAGACUUUACUACCAUGGGUGAAGCAGUGGAAAGUUUAUCGAAGUUAGAAGCACAAACUGGGGCCACGUUGUUUGAGCAUUCUUCAGAAACAAAUUCAUGGGAUCUCCGGCCUACAAGCAGUGCAAAGGAGUCUGACAAUACUGAAAAUGUAGAUGGUAAUGAUGAUUUGUUUGAUGUUUGGCGAGGUUUUACUAGCCCAGGUAAUGCACAGGGAAGCUUAUCAAACUCAAGGGCACAAACUGGGGCAACAUUGUUGGAUCAUCCAUCAGAAACAAAGUCUGUGGACCUACGGUCCACAAUAGAUUCUGACAAAACUAAAGCCAUAAAUGGUAAUGCUGACCCAUUUGAUGAUUGGCAAGGUCUUAGCAGCUUGGGUGAAACACAGGAGAGUUUGAGUACAAGGGCACAAACUGGGAAUACGUUACAUGCAUAUCCUUCGAGUACUAGGUCAGCAGAUCUACAAGUUAUGGAAUUUGGCAGCUUGUUGCAUUCAUACUCGUUUUCUCAAACACCUGGCAGUCAAAUAGUUUCUGGAGAGGGGAACAAUAUGCAGUUAGAUGUUUCAAUCUCGAACAGGAUGAGUGCAAUGCAUGAGACAUUUGGUGUGGAUUCCCAUUCUAUGGUGCAAGGGACCACUGAUAUUAACAGGAAUUCUACUGCUGCUUUAACUCCAGAAUCUGCCAGUUUAAAAGUUGAAACGCUGUUAUCUCAGAUGCAUGACCUCUCCUUCAUGCUUAAGGACAACCUUUCAAUUCCCGAGAAGACUGAGAGAUCUGAGUCCAAUUCCUGAUCUCAAAUUCGGUUCCUGUUAAGGUGUACUGUAAUUUUGAUGGCCUGAUAUGUAACAAAAGCCUAUCUUGUCAAGUGUUCUAGUGAGUAAAAAUUCUGAGAAGAUUGCAAUUAAAAUGAAAGAAAUUGCUGCAUUUUUGUCAUAGCUCCAAGCACACACACAGCUCAAAUCAGUGUGCUUGCCUGUUUGGAUGCUUACGCACCGCGUGGGACCUGGCCUUGAUUACCUUCUAUCAUCGACAUUUUUGAUGGGUUGGAAAGCCUCAGCUUGGUGGUCUCGAUCACACUGUAGCUGACGUUGAAACUUUUCAUGGGAUCCAGGUCAGGGGACAGGAAUAUUUGCUUGUCGUAACAAGAUGCACUGCCUGAUGGAGCUAUGCACUGUCCUGUGUGUUUGACGGGCAAUGGCUGCGGCAUCCACAGGCAGACCUCUGAUCAUGAUAUUCUUUGAAUUAGCAAACAUCCUUUAUAUUAGGUUUUCUCCGGAUAAUUUGCUAGCAGGUGAUUUAUUCACGAACCUUUUAAUCAUUAUUCGUAUAUGAUUUGUU